AUCCGUCGGCGCCGCGGCCAGGACGAAAAGUCUCCACCCCCGGGGUUCGCAGAUCACCGCCGUGUGUGGCUCGCCGAUGAUUGAAUGGAGGCCGACCGAUAACAGGGUGCACCGUGUACGUCGACCGUCCGCGAGCAACGCCGGCCUCCGCGCCACCCGGACGAAGAUAAAAUAACUGCGAGCCGGAGCAGGGAAAAGUCAGGGGGACGCGUAGGAUGCGACAGCAGCUGCCAGCAGCGCGGUCGGCCUGAAAGAAUCUGCUUCGGCAGCUCCCGGCUGGCACGGACCCCUCGGCCCUCCUCGACGGCACACGGCGGUUUCGAUCGAGGCGCGGCGCGGUUUAGCGGGAUCGCGGGACAAAUGUGUACGGUGGACAGUGUGACAUAGUGCGGCGAAGUAGGCGACGAAGACCACGGCGAGGGAGCGGAGAGAGUACACAGGGCCAGCCGUCGAGGGAACGCGGGAAGAGGAGGAGGUGGUGGGAAGACAGGAUGCGGGGGCACAGGAAGAGGGCGCAGAGCCCCGACGAUUUCGCUUCUUCUUCGUAGGGGAUCGUUUCGCUUCAUCGACGUCCAUCUUGACGACGGGCAGAGAGCACGCCGAGGACGCCGACGACGACGACGACGACGCCCACGAAGACGACGACGUCAGCCAGGUGCACCAUUGAAACGAGCACUGCCGUUUGUUCUCCAAGAUGGCGGACGUAAAAGAGGAGAAGCAGACGUUUCUGCAGAAGCUGCUGUUCUACACGACCGCGUUCUUCAUCCUCCUCAGCACCUUCAGCCUCUUUGCCUUCCUCUUCUUGGUCCCCUUCGUCAUCGACCCCGCCUUCACCACCAUCUUCAUGCAGUUCGAUACUCGGCCAGCCGAGUGUGUCACCAUCGACGUUGAGUCCAGGAGAGGUACGAGCAACUGCUCAUGGACGUCCUGUAGAGAGGGUUGCACCAAGGAGCUGUACGAUUGCACGCAAAUACGCGUCAACUACAAGCUACCGACUAACGUGUCAGAGGAUAGCGACGGACAGGGUGAGGGAGGUGGAGCGGUAGGAGGUGUCGAGGAUGACGAAGACAGCACGACGAUGGGGAAACCGCGUUACGAGCGCUCCCUAAGGGAGUAUGAUUACGUGGAGGACCUCGACGACGACUUCGCCGAGGACGACGAAACUGGACUGCCGAAACCCUUCCCUACAGGUCUCAUGGGCAACGACUCCGAGUGGUAUUUCACCGGGGCCAAGCUGUUCCCCAACGUAAAAGGCUGUGGAUACCCUCCAAUGCUGAAUUGCAGUAUUUUCUACCGUCAGUACGCCAACAUAGGGCAGAACUUUAGCUGUUACUACUCGAAAGUGGACCCCGGGAUAGUCAUCAGCGACCUCGACAUGUGGCAGGUGUACAUGAAUCUGGUGUACGCGAUGGCGAUUCCGAUACCGUCUUUCAUAAUCUCGGUGAUAUACCUCACCAUCGCCUACUUCAAGAUCUACAACGAAGAGGAGGUGGUCCUCGUGGGCGGCGAGGAGGGCGAGGACGGCGGCGAGGGUGAGGGCAGGAACGCGACACCCGUGCCACUGACGAGCGUCGCCCUUACGCCCGGCAGCGAGGCUUUCAGGGAUGACCUAACAAGCUUCGGGUAUCAGCUGCAAAUCGCCAUGGUCGACGACAUCAGCAGGGACAAGCUGGAUGGGAUACCCAACUCGUACUCCAUUCAGGGAAACUUGAGCAAGACGAUGACGACGAGUAUCUCAACUCCCCCUGGGCCGACGGCGGCAGUCUGAAGCGGCACUUUCAAGGUCUGAACAACAUCUCGUGGAAACCGCACUAAAGUGACCCAGGGAACGGGGACGAGAGAAAACGGAGGAGCGAAAGGGAUGAAGAAAGCGAGAAAGAGAGAGAAACAGCGAGGAAAAGGGAGAACGAAAAAGAUGGGAGUUAGAGGAUGGGGUCAGGUUCUACGGAGCCUAUUAAAAGUUACCGACCGCGGACAGCCAAUAUUCUCUCACCGACUAACAAGAAGAAGCAAGAAAAAGAAGAAGAAGAAGAAGAGGAAGAAGGUGGCAGGCAAGCAGGCAGGCGAUCAAGAAACCAAGUACUAAUAACGCGAACUACAGGAAGCAACGUAGCUAACAGGAAUUAUCACGGAGUGAACCAGAGAU